GGGGACCCGGGUCAAAUUCUGGAUUUCCAGUACGCCGCCCAGGUUCAAUAAGUGCACUGUUACCAAUUCCAAACUAAAGGAAUGGACUCCAAUUUAAAGAUGGAAGCUGAGGACCUUGAGUUGGAAAUGAAUACUGCAGAAAUUACUUUGACCUACAGAUGUAUGAGGGAAUAGACCCAAGGCAGUAUGGGAUAGAGGUCGGCACAGAAGAUGAGUGUGAAUUAAAACCUGAUACCGGUGACAAUAUGAACUUCUAUCAAAAGCUUCUGAAAUUUACAGAAGAAGAGGUGGAAUCCAUGGAUGAGAGAGAUACAGAAACCGCUGGAGCUUGCAUGAGGUGCAAAAGCGCUGGAGUAUGCAAUAAUAUACGGGGCCUGCGGCAAGAGGUGGAGAGAGAGAUGAUCCCUCCUUAUGUCAAACAGUUCGAGACGAGUGUGCAAGAUGACAUGAUUCUGGUUGGCAGCCUUUCACUUGAACAGGCCCAAGAUCAACGACGGAGAUUUCGUGAAACACACAUGAAUUGCUGGUCGCAAGAGGAGCAUCUGGUUCAACAGCAAAAGCUGUCUGUCAAAACACAGGAGGAAGACACCAAGCAACGAGUAAUGGCAUUUUCAAGGGAAAAAACAAAGGGUGUGAAGCUGCAGGAGAUCAACUCUGAGCAGUUUGAGUUUCUACAGGCAAGUCUUCGUUCUGCCUUCCAGAAAGCAGAAAGCCAGUUACUAAAAGCUCUUGAAAGCCGCAGGGGUGAAGUGGUGACUCUGUACGGUGACCUGACUGAAGUCAAACAGCAAUACAAUGGCGUGCAGGGCUGUCGCUGGAAGGUCGAGUGGUCUGGGACUCCUCAGCCAGCGCAGAUCCAUCUGAAGUGCCUACGAGGUGUGAAGGACAAACUGCCUAAAGGACAAUACGUCCUCAGAGUUUGCCUGCACAGCCGGCUUGGAGGCUCUCCUCUGCACUGGUCUAAUUCGAAGGACCGGCACUGGGCACAGGCAACCCUACCUGUCCACCAUGACGGCAACUUCUACGACGUUGAACUAAGUUUCAACCAAAGCAUUGCCAUGGUGUUACCCUCUGUGAACAAUACCAAACCAGGAAUGACCUUAAUCUUUGAUCUCUUCCUACUGCAUGGAAUUAGUAGCAGCAUUGACCGGGCAGUGGCAUGGGGUGCAUUUCCCAUCUGUAACGGCAAGUUGGAGAUUCUGGACGGAAAAUAUAGAUGUCCCCUUUUGAGAGGCUGCCAGGAUCUCAGAAUAGAUGAAUUCAGAAAAAUCGAGGAUCUUAUGUCGUCAGAUAUAGAUCACUGGCUCUGCAACCUCUAUUUUCAGAUAAUAAAGCUCCCCAGAUCUCUUUUAGGACAGGAGCAAUGUGCAGUAGAACUGCAGCUUCCUCCGCAACUGCUCACUUCCCAUGAGGGCUCUCAUUCCACAAAGCAGCUGGGGACCAGUGAGAACACAGUGGACCCUACCCAUGAGCUGAAGGUUGUCUGGACCCAGCAGACUGAAUUUAGAGAUCUCCACCUGCUGCCUAAAUGCUGCUGGCCUUCUGGUCAACCACAAGGAUCCUCUCAGCAGAUGUUGGUCACGAAGACCCAUGCUUUACUUGUUCAAGAUUACAACACCUAUGGAAGCAGCUCCGAAAGUGCAAAGAAAUUUGACGAGCUAAUUGGAGUCAGUGGCGAGAGCGGAGUGUUCUUGAAGGGAAGUCAUCAUAACCUGGCUGAGUUUAGUGGGAAGGACAAAUGCCAGAGCCCUGUUGAACAAAGCAGAUCCUCUGCAGAGUCACCAUGCCUAGACGACUUGGACCAAUACCGAUUCUCUGUUGUGUCAGAUUCUUGCCCUGACAAGACCACGGAAACUCUGGCCUGGCACGCUCGGUUCGUGAGCCAGAUACUCCUGGAUCAGCUCAGAGCUUCGUACUGGUGUUCAUCGGAGACCAUACUGCUCCUGCUGCUCGUGGCCUUGGUCUGGUUUGUGCGGCUCUACCUGCAUUACUGCAGCCAGUGGAUCUACCUCCAGGCGAUCGGUGUCACCGUCAACAAAUUCCACUUUUAUCCACACACAGUCGAACUUAGCUACCAGAGUUCUCUGCUGGAGACAUGUGCAGAGUUGACCAUUGUAGCCCUGGGACCCCUGUCCUUGAACGCUAUGCUGCUUAUUAUGGCUAUAAUCAGAUGGGUCUGUCAUCGACAAUUUGGCUCAUUCCCAUCCUGCUUGUCAAGGUUUAUCACAGCAAUGGGAUUUUGGACAGUGCUUGACCCCCUGGCAACAUUUAUUGUGGAUGGUAUCCUCGGGCGACUGACUUACAGCACAACCCGUCCAAUAGGAGAUGCAGCCAAGCUCUAUUGGCUCUUUUACAGAACACAACAUUCUGGCAUCCCUGGCAUACUGAUCACAGUCAUCUUGUUCACUCUGAAUUCCCUCUGCUCCCUCACUAUACUGUAUUUGCAUUUAUUAAGCCUGCAGGCAUCUGGGCAGCUGGUAGAUUCCUUCUAUCGACUGCACUCCACUGAAGAGAGAUUCUUUGUUCCUCUGGACCUGGAGCUGUCCAAUCAGGAGCUGAGCCUCAUAGUGAAAAGAGCCGAGCAGUGGAGGGGGAUCGGUGGUGAGAGAAGGAAGGUGGCAGUGUAUGAUUACGUCUGCAAUGAUGAGCUCACUGAACGACUGUCCCAUGCCUGUGGACCCCAGGAGCACAAUCAAGUCCCUGGAUCGGCCCCUAGCCAGGAAGACAUCACCACUCACGUGUCCAUCUACACCGUACACCUCAGCGGCCUACAAGAGCUGUACAGGCAUUUCCUUCGGCUGCGUACUGGUGCCAUCGUCGAGGUAUUCGGUGCUGAGAACAAUGCACAUUUUGUGCAAAAGCAAGUGAGCAGGUUAGACACGGGAAAGCAGCCAUCUACACCUCCUGAGCUCCGAGAGAGGCAGAAGAAAAUAUUUGAUGCCAUGGGAUCUUGAAGCCCAAAUGAAUAAGACAGAAAAUCAUUUGCAUCAUCUGGAUUUAUCUUAAAAAUAUCAUGUACAUCUCUG